CUCUUCCUGCCCUUCUGAGCCGGUGAACAGUACACGGCUAACACAGGGCUUUAAGCCUUGUUUCCGCUAACGCCGGGUGGUGCGUAGAGUAAGGAUGUGGGUCUGUGUGUGGCUGCUGGCCCUGUUUGUGUGUUGGCAGGGGGGCAGCCCCUCCCCGGUGGAGCCCCCAGUGGGCUGCCAAAGCCCAGAGGUUCUGAGGGCGGCAGAGGAAGGCCUGGACCAGAUCAACGCUGACCUCACCAAAGGAUUCAUCCUCAGCCUCAACAGAGUCUAUGAUAUCAGCCAGCAGACAGGGGAAGGAGAGGUGACAUUUAACCUGACCAUAGAUGUGAUGGAGACAAAAUGUCAUGUGAUCAGUAGGAAUCCAUGGAAGAAAUGCGAAGUGAAGAAUGUAGCUAAUGUACCCGUGUAUGGCCAGUGUAUGGCAUCUAUCUACGUUGGGAAAAGUGUGGAACUCCGCAGUUAUAAAUGUACCAUCCAACAAGUGCCUGCCACGGUUAUCGUUGAUACUUGUCCAGACUGUCCAACAGCAGAGCGCCUUGAUGACCCCAUCAUAGCAGAGACGGCAAAUCUGUCCCUCCAGAAAUACAACCAAAAGAGUCACCUCCCCAACUACUUCACCCUCCUCAACAUAACAGGGGCUAGCAUGCAGUGGGUUGUGGGUCCGGCCUACUUUGUAGAGUUCAUCAUCCAAGAAACAGUCUGUGCUAAGGGCACUCCUGAUGUUGAUUUGACCCAAUGUAAAAUGAUGGACUGCGAAUUUGCACACAAGGGCUUCUGCAAAGGAUCUCACAUAACUCUGGAUGGUGGCCUGUUUGAGAACAAACUCCCCAUUCAGGUCAACUGUGAAAUAUUCGAACCAGAGGCUGCCUUGGCAGAGGAAAAGGUCCAUUCCAUGGAAGGCAGUGACCACAGAGAAAAUGAGUACCAUAAACAUGCACACACACACCUGCAUCCCCACGAGCACCACCACCACCCCACCAGCCCCAAUCAAGCUUCCCCCAGACCAAAGGGUUUGCUGGGGGUUGUGGUGGUCCUACCUCCCCCUCAUGUGCCACCAGCUCCAAGAGCCUCACCAGCAGCAAAGAACUGCCCAGGCAAGAGGAAAACCAACCUGGGACUGGGCAGCUUUAAAAUCUGAUAGAUAAACAUCUUAUGUUACUGCGAUAAACUUAGAUUAAAAGCUAUUUCAGCUGGUUGUUCACUUAUUGUUCUUCCUUGUAUCACUGAUGUAGAGCAAUGAACUGUAUGAUAAUGAUGUCUAUCAAAGGAAUAAAGGAAACUUGUUUCUUAGGA